AUGCUGCUCAGAGGAUUACGAGCCUAUGCUGAACGUACCUUGAAGCCGCGCACGACAAACUUGGGUCGAAUUUCGAAGAUCACCAAAGAAUUGUUGGAAAGAAGGACUUUGAGGCUUAAUCCGAAUGCAUCGCACAUUGAGCGGUUAGUAGCAAACACUAGCUACAGAAAAGCGUUGCAGGAGGAUCUCUUGAAAUACAGGCAGAAAAAGAUUCUGGAAGCAGCACAAGGAAGAACGAGUCUAAACAAGUGCCGCAGGGAUCUCCGCGAAUAUAAUAUUCCGCUAGAAGCCUUGCUGAGCGAAGGCGGGACUCGCACGUCUUUUCGUCGUGAGAUGGAAACCAUUACGAAGAGGUUCUACUUGAACCUUUUCCGUUCAUCAACUCCUGUGUCAAGCCCGAUCAUCCCCACUGGUGAACUCCACCACGGAUUCUCUCUUCGGAAGUACGAGUCGCUAUCAAGAGAUGAGACCUGA